AUGGAGAGAAUGAAUCUUGGAGGUUUAGGUUACGAAAAUGGCGGAGUAAUGAUGACUAGAGAUCCUAAACCAAGGCUCAGAUGGACCGCCGAUCUUCACGACCGCUUCGUCGACGCCGUCGCUAAGCUCGGUGGUGCAGACAAAGCAACUCCUAAAUCGGUUUUGAAGUUGAUGGGAUUAAAAGGCUUAACAUUGUACCAUCUUAAGAGCCAUUUACAGAAGUAUAGACUUGGUCAACAACAAGGGAAAAAACAAAAUCGAGCAGAACAAAACAAGGAAAAUGCUGGAAGUUCAUAUGUGCAUUUUGACAAUUGUUCUCAAGGAGGAAUCUCGAAUGAAUCAAGAUUUGAUAACCAUCAUAGACAAAGCGGGAAUGUACCUUUUGCAGAGGCGUUGAUACAUCAGGUCGAUGCGCAACAGAGGUUUCAAGAACAGCUUGAGGUGCAGAAAAAACUUCAGAUGAGAAUGGAGGCACAAGGAAAGUAUUUGUUGACAUUACUAGAGAAAGCACAAAAGAGCAUACCUUGUCGUAAUGGAGCAGAAACAGAGAAGUGUCAAUUCUCAAAUUUCAAUCUUGCACUUUCAGGACUUGUAGGAGAUGAUCACAAGAUCGAAAAGGCCGGUUUGGUUACCGAUAUCUCACACAUUAAUGGUGAUUCGUCCGAAGAUUUUCGGUUAUGUGGACAUCAAGAGAAAGAAGAAACUGGAAAUAUAGGAGUUAAACCGGAAUCUGGGUUUGUGCAUUUCGAUUUGAAUUCGAAAAGUGGCUACGAUCUUUUGAAUUGUGGAAAUUAUGGGAUUGAAGUAAAGCCAAAUGUGAUUGCAGAUAGACAUCAAUAG